CCCCGCCUGCCUCCCUCCCGCGGCCGCGGCCAGGAGGGGCCGCCCGGGGCCUGGCGGCUGCGGAGAGAUGAGCAACGCCAGCAAUAAGAGAGCCCCAACGACGGCGACGCAGAGGCUGAAGCAGGAUUACCUGAGGAUCAAAAAGGAUCCCGUGCCUUACAUCUGUGCAGAGCCCCUCCCCUCCAACAUCCUGGAAUGGCACUACGUGGUGCGAGGGCCGGAGCUGACCCCCUAUGAAGGUGGAUAUUACCACGGAAAAUUAAUAUUCCCUCGAGAAUUCCCUUUCAAACCUCCCAGUAUUUAUAUGAUCACCCCCAAUGGAAGGUUCAAGUGCAACACCAGGUUGUGUCUGUCCAUCACGGAUUUCCACCCGGACACCUGGAACCCAGCCUGGUCGGUGUCCACCAUCCUGACAGGGCUGCUCAGCUUCAUGGUGGAGAAGGGGCCCACCCUGGGCAGCAUCGAGACCUCCGAGUUCACCAAAAGGCAGCUGGCUGCACAGAGCUUAGCAUUUAAUUUAAAAGAUAAAGUCUUCUGUGAGCUCUUCCCUGAAGUGGUGGAGGAGAUGAAGCAGAAGCAGAAAGCCCAGGAGGAGCUGAGCUCCAGGCCUCCCUCGCUGCCGCUGCCGGACGUGGUGCCGGACGGGGACGCGCACCUGGGCCACCACGGGCACGCGCUGCUGGCCGGGCAGCCGGCGGGCCCCGGGCGCGGCGCGGCGCUGCAGCAGCCCCACAGGAACCACGGACUCUUGGGGGGAGCCCUGGCGAACUUGUUUGUCAUCGUGGGCUUCGCCGCCUUCGCCUACACAGUCAAGUACGUGCUGAGGAGCAUAGCCCAGGAGUGAGGGCGUCCCCAGGACCAAAUUCCAGGGGGGUCUGGGCUCGGCGGGACUCGGCGGGGGCAACGUUUGGGGCUUUUGGCCUUGCCGGGUUGAGCCGGGGAUUUGGGUUGAGGAGUCGAAGCAUUGUUGGGGAGCCACUGCAUUUUGUUGCUUUGGUUUGUAGAGUUCUUCUCCGUCUGUGGUUUCAAAAUUGAAAAAUCUUCCAUAAAUUCUUAUUCCAUUGAGUUUUUAAUUCAGGAAAUUUGGGGGUUUUGUCCUUCUUGGGUUGUGGUGGGGCUUUGGGUUGAGGAGUUGAAGCGUUGCUGGGGAGCCCCCUUGGUUUGUAGGGUUCUCUUCCAUCUGUGGCUCUAAAUUUGGAAAAUCUUUCGUAAAGUCUUAUUCCAUUGAGUUUCACAUUUAGGAAAUUUUUGGGUUUUUCCCUCCCUGGGCUGAGGUGGGAUUUGGGUUGAGGAGUCGAAGCAUUGUUGGACCGACUUUGGUUUGUAGAGUUUUCCUCCAUCUGUGGUUCUAAAUUUGGAAAAUCUUCCAUAAAUUCUUAUUCCAUUGAGUUUUGAAUUGAGGAAAUUUGGGGGUUUUCCCUUCCUGGGUUGUGGUGGGGAUUUGGGUUAAGCAGGUUUUACUUCUCACUGCGAGGUCAAAGCAUUUUUGGGGAGCCCCUUUGGUUUGUAGAGUUCUCCUCCAUCUGUGGUUGUAAAUUUGAAAAAUCUUCAGUAAAGUUUUCCACUGAGUUUUGAAUUCAGGAAAUUUGGGAGUUUUGCCCUUCCCAGGUUGAGCCGGGGAUUUGGGUUGAGGAGUUGAAGUGUUGUUGGGGAGCCACUGCAUUUUAUUGCUUUGGUUUGUAGAGUUCUCCAUCUGUGGUUUCAAAAUUGAAAAAUCUUCAGUAACUUCUUAUUCCAUUGAGUUUUGAAUUGAGGGAAUUUGGGGGUUUUCCCUUCCUGGGUUGUGGUGGGGAUUUGGGUUGAGCAGAUUUUGCUUCUCACUGAGAGGUCAAAGCAUUUUUGGGGAGCCCCUUUGGUUUGUAUUGUUCUCCUCCAUCUGUGGUUCUAAAUUUAAAAAAUCUUCAGUAAAUUCUUCCACUGAAUUUUGAAUUCAGGGAAUUUGGGCAUCUUC